AUGCACCGGAUGUACGAUGACGUCAGCGUUCGAGUGUCGUGGUUGAGCAGUCAAUAUAGGGGCAGCGCAAUGUCUAGCGCGAAGAGUGGAGAGGGCCCAAACGAGUGA